AUGGCUCGUUACCUCAACCCGGCCAAAAUCGGCCUUCUCGCCCUUGUAGAGCUCUAUGUUGAAGGGGCAGUACCGAGUGAUGCUAUCCUGCCUGUAUUGUCCUUUGUCACUUCUCACCUUAUGGACCACUCUCCUCCAAAAGGCUCUGCUGAUCAGUCUGAGCGAUGGGGCAGAGCUGAGCGCACAGUCGGGCUCGUCAUCAGCAUCAAAGAUUUCGAGAAACUUCUUGGAAGUUAUCCCUUUCUGAUGGGUAUGCCAGGACGAAGAUUAUGGGAUCAAUUCCUCGGAAAGCUUUGGGAUAUCAACUCGCUAGAUGCCCUCCACAACUUCUUCGACAACUUGUCUGGAAUGCUGAGCAAAACGAAAGAGGAGCGAAAGAGACUGGCUGAGUUGGGCCAGCCCGUAGAAGAGGACGAAGGCAUCAAGCUCACGCCAAACUCUCCCUUUGGAACCUUUGUGCGGAGAGCCAGACUUGAAUAUCAACGACUGCACUUUCACGACUGUACAGAGCUGUGGAAGCACUUUGUGCGAUAUCGACAACCCACUGCCUCUUACUUGAAGCGCAAAAUCCCUGGAUUUGGGCGACUGAGCUUUGACAAUGUUCUCCUAGUGGGUGAACAAGAGGAUUGGGACCACCAAAGUGUUAUGGCCUUGGCUUCAGUGGCAUAUGGUGAUAUGCUUACGGGAGAUCAAAACGGAUCACUCCCUGUCAGUACGGAUGACAUUGAAAGUCUCCUGGAAUUCCAAAUCGAACAAAUGCAGAAAUCUGGCAACAGAGUUCCGCUCGAGAUCCGUCAUCAAUUCCACGACCUGCUUAACGACAGUUCCCUCAUCCCCAGCCUGACACACUACCUGAAAUUUCUUGACUCUUGGAGAGCUGGGGACUAUCCCACUGCAUUCGACUGUCUCCAUAGAUAUUUUGAUUACACCAUGCAGAACCGAGACCGUUUAUUCUACCAGUACGCUCUCAUGAAUCUCGCUGUUCUGCAAGCAGACUUUGGCUGUCACAAGGAAGCAGUGGCUGCCAUGCUCGAGACAGUGUCCACAGCACGGGAAAACCGCGAUAUGACAUGUCUCAACUUUGCCUUGAAUUGGCUUUUCCACUUUGGUCGUGCACACCCCGAUCUUGUCCAGAAUCUGGAAUCUAACAGUAUGCUUGGUACUGGAAAAGAAAGCCUCGCCUUUCUCAGAGUGAAGGCUAAGGAGACGGGGAUGUGGACACUAUGGAGCUCAGUUCUCCUCAGUGAAGCGAAACUCGGACUGCUCAACGGCGACAGCGUGGCCACAGCCUUUGAAUCCAUAGUUCGAAGCUCACACAUUAUCGUCGAGAGAAACAUGAAGAACAUGUUCGGUUCUCACUUAUCACUCACCUCGGCUCUUUGGGAUAGACUUGGGCUGUCAACACUUUCCUCAGCGACUUGUGAGGUCUUCUUGAGAUGCCACGCUCGUCACGCCAUAUUUGACGACGAGCUUAAGCUUACCUGUCGCCUUUCUCUUUUGCUAGCAUUGCGUGGUCGUUACGAUGAUGCGUUGAGCAAAUUAGAACAACUGGAAGAAAACUCGCUCAGGUCUUGGAAGCCUAGCCAAUACUGGCAUAAGUACCGAGGAAUCGUCAAGCUGAAGAGAGACCUACAUCAUAAUAACCUGGAAGGCGCCGAGAGGCUAUUAUCGCAAAUUUUGCAGUCUAAAAUGGACGACCUUGAACCUGACAUGGCGUUUUUGGUGGACACCCUUCACAUUGACUAUCUUACUCGCCGAGGAGACCUACAAGCCGCUUUUAGUAAGGUUGACAGCAUGAUGUCGCAACUUCAAGACGAAAAGAAGGACGUUGUUCUUCGAGUCAAACUCCUGCUCCUCAAGGCUUCCCUCCUUGACAAGUGUGGGCGGCCACAGAGAGGAUUCACUACUGCCAUGCGGGCUGCAAGCAUUUCAUGGGGGGCCCGUCUCAUCCCAUGUCUCUGGCAAGCGAUCGGGUCUGUGUCGAACAUCCUAAUCUCACUUACAGAGUUCGAAGCUGCUUCCCAACUCUUGCUUGCUAUUAUACCCCGUUCUUUAGAAUGCGAGACUGCGAGCCUUACGGCACAGCUCUACUGUUAUCUCGCAGAUGCUAACAUGGGUCUUGCCGGCAAAUGCGAGCCUAAAUCGUCGAAACGGUUGGAAUACAUGACUAAAGCUCUCGCUGCUGUACAGAAGUCUUUUGACCACUACUCAAGCAUCGAAGACAUCAAUAUGCAAUGCCAGAUGAUGGCGAAAAAGGCCAUGAUCAUGAAGGUGACAGGAGAUCUGGCCUUGGCUGCAGAUUAUGCUGCGGCUUAUGUUUCACUACGGAAGACCGCUGAAUCACUCAGUCUCGAAGGGUAA